UCAAGAUGCCUAACAAGUAAAAGGCUCGGUAUUGCGGAAGGAGUAGCUUACAGAUGGUAUUUUUUUCACUAACUAUGAGUAAAUAUUCACUGCAGAAUAGUGAUUUUCGUUGAAUCAUUUUUAGAGAUGAGUAAAACCAUUGCACAAGGUCUGAAUCUCUUCAUUGGAUAUACUUAAAAUUUUCUCGAGGAAAAAAAUAUCGAAGUGUCAAAAUAUUACUAAUGCAAUCCUAUGGAUGAUAAAAAAUAAAUUUUUAAUUAUAACUUUUAUCAAAGUUCAUCGACCUACGAUAUUGACAGACUUGUUAAUGAGAUUAUUAUCUUUAUUAUUAAUAUUAGCAUUUUGCCAUUUACUAUUUAACUGUCUCAAUCGUAUGCAUAUAGUUGAAUAAUUCAAUCGGCUGAACAAGUGAAUAAACAAUUUUUUGAUGACUAUAUAUACUAGUGAAAUCAGCAAACAGAAAUCAGUUGUUCGAUAAUAUUUAAAAAUGUUGGGUGUUAAAAUUAUAUUUUGCUUAAUUGCUAUACCUCUAUCUCAGGCAACACAAUGCCAUAAAACUUGUCCCAAUAUAACUGUGGAUCCAGUCGAUUUUGAGAAAAUGUCUGGACCAUGGUACGAAUACCAACGUAGCACUAAUAAUUGUGGUCCAGAUAAGUGUCCUAAAUUAGUAUGGGGUAAACCUGUCAAAUGUGUUUCAAAACUUGUCUACAAGAGUGUUUCAAAUUUAACCAACGUAACUUCAACAAUGAUUUCCCAAGUCGUCUCAAAUAAACAAGGAACAGGUUUCACAUACCAUUUGCCGAUUUACGGAAAUUUAUACAAAGAACAUUUGAUUAUUGCAACAGAUUAUGUCAGUUAUGCGAUAGUAUAUACUUGCGAAAAGCGAGGAUCGAAGAUUGUUGAAUUAGGCUGGGUAUUUAUACGAAGAAUGUCACCACCGUGCGAUAUUGAAGAUAUAGUUGAAGAAGCAUUCAAUAAUUACGAUCUCGAGGUGCCGGAAAUGUUUACAAAUGAUCUGGAAUCAUGUGCCUGUGUCUUUUGCAACUACCAAUUUCCUGCAAUCUAAAAAUGUGUUCUAUGUAUAAGCCCAAAACCGAAACUAUAGUUUUUUGUAAUCACUUAUAAUACGUUUUACAGUGUGUUAAAUAUCUAUAGAUUGCUUAUGGCGUUUCAAUGUUUUUUGGCAGGUGUGAUAAUUUUGACUACACACUUAGUCUUAGAGUGGACACUCUACAAACAUGUGAUUGAACUUUAUUAUAACUUCUGUAAUUUGUUAAAUAAAUAUAUGAUACUCAUUAAUUGAAACAUUAUCUCAGUAGAUAAAA